AGACUUUUUCCUUUUAGUCAUUUCAGUGACAGGCGGACAAGGGAAAGCGUAGCGCCGGUGACGUCGCAGCCAGCGUCUCCGCCAUCUUAGUUGUGGGCGGAGAGGCGGCUGUCACGAGAGCGUGGAGAGUGCUCCUAGUCUAAAUGCUGCGACUCGGCGGGCGCGGGCUCCUACUGGGCUUGGCCGCAGCGGCGGCCGCAGUGGUGGCAGCACGGCUGAUGGGCUGGUGGCGGCCCCGUGCUGGCUUUCGCCUUUUGAUACCCGAGGAGUUGGCCCGCUACCGCGGCGGCCCUGGGGACCCAGGCCUCUACUUGGCAUUGCUGGGCCGCGUCUACGAUGUGUCCUCUGGCCGGAGGCAUUACGAGCCUGGAGCUCACUAUAGUGGCUUCGCAGGCCGGGACGCAUCCAGGGCAUUUGUGACAGGAGACUACUCUGAAGCAGGCCUUGUGGAUGAUGUAUCUGACUUGCCAUUUUCUGAGAUGCUGACCCUUCAAAAUUGGCUGUCAUUCUACGAGAAGAAUUAUGAAUUUGUUGGAAAGGUUAUAGGAAGGUUCUAUGGAGAGGACGGGCUACCUACCCCAGAACUGACCCAGGUGGAAGCCAAGAUCAGCAAGGGCUUGGAGGCAAAGACACGGGCGCUGGAAGAGAAGCACAAGUUUCCACCGUGCAACUCGGAGUGGAGCUCAGCCAGGGGCAGCCGGUUCUGGUGCUCCCCAAACAGUGGAGGUGUGAGCAGAGACUGGACUGGCGUCCCCAGGAAGCUGUAUAAGCCAGGUGCCAAGGAGCCCCACUGCGUGUGUGUGAGAACAACUGGCCCCCCUAGUGACCAGGCGCUGGACAACCCUGCACACAGAAAUCGUGGGGACUUGGAUCACCCCAACUUGGAGGAAUAUACAGGCUGCCCACCCGUGUCCAUGGCAUGCUCCUUCCCACUCUAAGUUGGUGCCCUUGACUCGUGGGCCCUAGGAUGGCCCCUGACAUCAAACAAGUGGGCCCAGAGGGACCAGCCUCUGCAGAUGUGACCCACGACCCCUCACCAUGGCCUCACCCUUCUGGUGACUGAGGCGAGAAUUUGGCAACCUGCCUAGUACUGGUCAGCCUGGUUUUGUCACUAUUCCCCUAGAUCUAUUUGCCAUCCUUCUUCAGAGCCCUCAAAUAUGAAUGGGCACUAAUGCGACCAACCCUGAAUUAACUGGACAGACGAGCAAAGGGUUCUGAGCUCCAAGAACUACCCACAGACUCACAGGCUGCCCAGAUCAGCUGCUGGCCUGGUGAGUGGCACUAGCAAGGAGGGACUGCAUCAUUCCUUACAACUCAGACACAGGACAAUACAUCCAGAAAAGACAAAAUAAUAAUAAAUAAUAAUUAUUAUAAUAAAGAACAGCACCCACCUUUCUUAUAUGUGAGACUUCCGUAAGGCAAACUGAAUCUAUAACCAAGAGCUGCGCUGAGUUGGUGUGAGCUGGGCACCCCAGUGGGAGGUGACAACGAAAGAGAAUGGAUUGUUUCUGGGGGUUGGAAACGUCUUUGCUCGUAUGGAUGCAGCAAAUCCACAUGCCUCUUUCAAAGCAAGGAUAUUGUUUCUCUUUGAAACACUUAACAUUAGGUGCGGUGUGCUUUCAAAGGGAACACUGCAUUUUUGACAAGAGGUGUUUUAGAGCUCUGACAAGGUAACUGGUUAGCGCAACAGCAAAGUUUGGGCAAGGCUGCCCAUGCAAACAGCUUCAACUUGAGGUGGCUGGGCUUGCAGCUUCUCCGUGGGUGGUGUCCACAGUCAUCUGUAAUCUACCCUUGACAAAUUUCAUAUCCAUUACCUCCUGGCUUCUUAACUGGUUAAGUAGAAGGGGCGAGGGUAUUCCUGCUUUGCAGAUAAGGAAAUGAAGCCUCAUGUUUUACACACUCCUGGUCUCUCCUCAUCUGAGCCUUCACCUCAGCUUCUUUCCCAAUCCCCUCACCUCUUAUUUACACAGUAUGCAUCCUUUCUUUCUCUCCUGUAUCAUUAAUCUCAGUAAGCAGCUUUCCAGAUUCCCUGGCCAGGAAAUGGAGGCUGCCUCCCCUCCCAGGCUGUCACUGCCCUUGUGGCUACAGCUGUUCCUGAUACCAGACUCCGCUCUCAACUCCUUUUGCCUCCCCAGAUCCUCCUCACCUGCCCUUCCUGGACCUUUGGCCUCUCCCUGCCUCCUGGCUCACUCCCCCACCAUCAUAAAUAGAACACUCCCUCAGUAACACCGAGUUCUGCUGUAGCACUAUCUAUUCCUGUCACAGAUAAACUUUUUGAAAAAGCAGUAGGUACUUGCUAGGCUUCCUGCUCAGCCCCACUCGCCUGGCCCCUGCCCUUCCCUGCUCACAGCACACAUUCUGUAUUGGCAGAUGCCGUGGCACCUUUCCUUGAAAGCUGCCUCUCCUCAACGACCCCCUCCCACUCUAGUCGUCUCAUUCCUACCUCAGCUACCCUGUAGACUCUAGUCCAGGCGCCUUCCCUGAGCAUUUCUGUAGGCACCUCAGUGCCACAUUUCUGGCAUUCUCUCCGCCUUCUCUCGUGAUUCUGCGAGUUCCCCUGGUGAUGGCCCCACCAGCGCCAUCUACACCCAGCCGCACCAGGUGAGAAUCCUUCCUCUCCUGUCCCCCUCCUCCCAACCGUCUGCACUUCUGGUCACUCCACCUCCUCAGUUUGCUCCCUCCGAUCCCCAGCCCGCCUCCUCUGAUUUAGGCUGUCCUCUCUCACCUGGAUUACUAUUACUGCAGGAGCCUAACUCUGCUCCCUGCCUCCAGCCCACGCUCCAAACCACUGGGAGCCAUCCUUCACGGUGACGGGGCAGUUCCCCAUUUAAACCUCUUCUGUGGCUCACCCUAUCUACAGGGAUCGAGUGCUGACUCUUUAGCAGUGUGGCACAUGAGGCUCUGCUGUGGUUUGUCUCCUCUCAGCUUUGAUUCCGUCUGCCCACCGUUCGCUCCAGCCUGCACCUCACUGCCUUGUGCCUUCUUCAUUCAGGCUCUUCUACCUGAAAUGAUAGCUCCUCAUCUGUUCAAUUGGUCCACCUCUUACCCUCAAAACUCAGCUCAGUCAACACCACUUGGGAGCUUUUAUUAACCACUGGCCCGCCAGUUGGAUUUAUUUUUUAAAGAUUGUGUUUAUUUUUAGAGAGAGGGAAAGGGAGAGAUAAAGAGGAAAAGAAACAUGGAUUGAUUGCCUCUCUUAGGUGCCCUGACCCGGAACCUAACCCGCCACCUGGGCAUGAGCCCUGACUGGGAACCAGUGACCUUUCACUUUGCAGGGUGACACCCAACCGAGCCACACUGGUCAGGGCCCACCAGUUGGAUUCAGAUGCACUUCCCCCUAGGUUCCCAUGACGUGCCCAUGUGUUCACUCCUCCUAUAACAAGUACCAGUGUUCUGUAACCAGGGGUUUCCUGUCAGCUCUCACACUGCACUGCAGACUCUUUGAGAACAGAGGUCAAGGGUUCCUGGGUUCUGUACCCCAGUAGCCACAGUACCUAGAGUACAUGGUAAGUGUGCAGCUCCAGAAACUUAGUAAAGGCACAAAGCAGUGGAGCUGAGCCUAGAACCCGAGGUUCCUGUCCUGAUUCGGUGCCAUUUUCACUCCUCCGUAGUUCAGUAUGUCUCCGUCCUCCCUGGAGCAGGAGUGAACAGAAAGAAGGGCCCAGAUUAGAACCUUGUUCUUCGUUCCAUACGGCCCUUGAGCUCAGCCCCUGCCUCAGGCAUCCCUGGUCAUUGGAAGCAGCUUCCAACUCCAAGCUAACUGGGAACUGGUCACUGCCACUGCUCUCCUCAUCCUUAGUCACAACAAAUACAGGGUCCAACACAAAUAAUGCCCCUUUUUAUCACAAAAUCUUUUACUAUGAAAUCAUAAGCAUGUAAUUCCAUAACAUAACAGUAUCACACUGAAGCACACCAUACAUUUUACGUGCAAUGUUCAAAUUCAAAGUAUAGAUUAUUACAACCAUAUUAUUACCCUAGCAACCACACUGAAGCAGGCGUUACUUCUGCCGGACCCUGUAUUUACCAAGCCCCUCUGUGCCAUGGGAUGAGGGAUGAGAGGAAAGUGAGGCUCCUGACCUCAAGGAGCUCACAGUAUGGUAGAAAUGCAGGGAGUGUGGGGGCCAGGUUGAGAUGCUCAGACCCUUCCAAAAGCAAACAGAAAAAGGAGCAAGACCACGGCACCCUUCGAGUCCUUCCAGCCUACUGUGGACUCAGGAGGCACUAGAAGUUGCCUGACCUCUGCCAGGUACAGGCACACUCAGCCAGCUGCAGCAGGCUGUGGCUUCCUCACUCAGUGAGAACUUUUCUCUUUGAUGCCAACCACUCACAUUAUAGCAAAGAGCCUCCUCAUGAAGGGGCAGUGGGGGAAACUUCAAGGGACUCAGCAAGAGCAGGCUGUCAUUUCGGGGUCUGAAGGGCUUAGCCAUGGACGGGAGUGGUUACUGGAGAAACUUCUUCCCUCCCCAGUGGAGGUGGUCCUGGACAGUUUAUGGAGGAGGAAGGCAGUCCUCUGAGGAAAGCCACAGAGUUCAGCUCAGGCAAUUAAGACUUGCUGGUAGAAGGGAAUGGAGAGAAAACAUACAUGUUGGGCACCUGUGCUGUGCAGGGAGCUUUAACAUCCAUGCCAGCAUUGAAAGGGUCUCAUUUUAUGGUCCAGAAAAGGGGCAGAAACCCCCCACUGCCCCCGGCCUUUGAAUGGCCACAGCAGUCAUUGCAGGGCAGAGCUUUCUACCCGAGACUGCUCCUCGGCCACAGUGCUGAGCGGUGUUAGAGCAAAGGCGGGCAGCUGCCCUCCAACACGCUGAAGGAAAUUGACAUCUGCCUUUGAGUUCUGAGAUACCAGUUUCCUAUAAACACGGAGUUCAGAGUGAAGAGCCUGCGAUUUUCUGGUUACAGCUUAGCCACGGCAUGACCGCACAGCCAAGGGCGCCAUAUCUGUCCACCACUCCUGUCCGUUGCUUGCUCAGCUCCAGGCAAGCUGUGAUCUGCAGUGCCCCUCAGAGGAUUACCUUGGGCUGAACACCCACCUUCGAGAGCACUGCCUACUGCCAGAGUCCCCAGAUUCCUACAAGUAGACAGCGAGGGCCCCGUCAGCCCUCGCUGGAGGGGCUCUCUGUGUGUGCACCAGAAUCUGUGAGCUCGCAUGAAAGGAAGGACACUACUGGUCAUCUUCCUCAAGGCAAUCCUGUGAGGUGAAAAGGACCACAGUCGUUUCCACUGUAUAGAUGCACAGACUAAAACACAGACUGUGACAAGGCAGAACUAAAGCCCAGUGCACUUCCCUGGCUGAGCAAAAAUGUGUGAAAGUGGGAAUGUAUGAAAUAGGCUCGUUCCUGUUUGUAUUCCUGUACUGACAAUACGACCAGUACUCACCUCAAGGAUGGCUAUUAGGAUUACUUGGCAGCACCUGACAGUUCCUAUAACCAUGAGGAAAGCCACCAGAGAAUGAGAUCUAUCAUCACAGCUUGUCUGAACUAGGGGUAGGCAAAAAUGGAAGGCAGGUAAAGAAAGAGAAGACAUUAUUAGCUCAAAAA